AACAAGUAGGUUCGUAUAAUUAAUUGCAUGAAUUCAUGUUUUGUUAUUUAUAUCGAUGUUGUUUACAGUUUAUAUGGUAAUAUGAUUCCAAAAAAAAAAGGAUAUAAUCUUAUAGAUAUCAUGACGCAAUAAGUAACUUUAUAUAAAACAUUUUCAUGUUUCUUUUUAUUGCGAUUCUAAUGAUUAGUUAUUUUAUCGAACAUGGUUGAUCCGCGCAAUUGUUUACGUAAUAUCCGGUACACAUUAUUUAUCAAUCGUAUGAAUAAUACUUCUUGAUAAUCUUCAUAAUAGAUUGUCUGUUAUCCGAAAUAUAUAUAAAUAUUAAAUAUUAAACUGUUUGUAAAAAAAAAAAAAAAUUGAUUAAUACGUGAAGAGAUUAUAUAAAGAACUAUACAGGAUCGUAGUUAGAAAGAUAGUAUAAAUUUAAAUAUGGCGGUAAUCCUAUCAGCUGAUACCGUCUGCUGGAAUGACGGAUUACAAUUUGGUUAUAACUGGUCUGUUUAGACCAGUCGUUUUAGUGCAAGUAUUACAUUUAGUGAUGAUUAUUUUUCUAUGAUUCACACUUGUAGAAAAAUAUUGAAUGAUUGUGUUUCCCCAUGACGUAAAAAUAAAUCUAAAUAAUAAUAAUAUCCAAUGUUGACAGAAAUUAAAGGGAACAGAUUUUGUAACCUGCGUCACUGACAGGUGGUGGUGCAGGAAUGCAGUUAAAUACAUAAAAUUGGUGUUUUUUUUUUCAAUUAUAUCAUUAUUGAAUUAGCAUUUGAAUAAAUUUCCAAUCCUAAGAAGAUACGGCUGUGAUGAGUGACUCCGAACAGCGGCAACUGCACGUGCCUUAUCGAGAAUAUCACAGUCAGAACAAUACCAAUCCUCCUGCUUUGAUUGAAACUGACGCAUUAGUUGAUCUGUCAGUAACAUCCAAUAGUUGUGUAUCACGCAAUUUAUCUACAGAACUACUACCAGACGUAGAAUUUGUUCCAAACAUAAGUAGCGAUCAAACUAUAGCCAUUGAUUCAACCGGAAUAGACCGGGAGAGCCAGCCUCUCCUUGGUCGUUUGGAACUUGAUGUUACCUUUAAUCGAUUCCCUGAUGAUCCACAAUUUUCAGAAUUAGUAUGGCAAGCAGAAUGUGCGAUAGACAAUGGAAUAUUUCCUGAAAGAAUAUAUCAAGGUUCAAGUGGAAGUUAUUUUGUAAAGAAUUCAGCAGGGAAGAUAAUAGGUGUUUUCAAACCAAAAGAUGAAGAACCUUAUGGAAGAUUAAAUCCAAAAUGGACGAAAUGGAUGCACAAACUUUGUUGUCCGUGUUGUUUUGGAAGAAGUUGUUUGAUACCAAAUCAAGGAUAUUUAAGCGAGGCUGGAGCCAGUUUAGUUGACCGCAAAUUAGGCCUUGGCAUUGUGCCGAAUACUAGAGUAGUUAAACUUGUCAGUAAAACUUUUAACUAUCCACGUUUAGAUCGUCAAAAAGCACGUAUGAAACAAGCGAUAAUGGAUCAGUUUCCUACAGUUGGUUCGCAUUUCAAUCGUAUUAGUUUACCACCUAAAGUUGGAUCCUUCCAAGUAUUUGUAGAUGCUUAUAAAGAUGCAGAUUAUUGGCUAAGAAGAUGGGAACAUGAACCUUUACCGCCACACUUGAGUCUUAAAUUUCAGCAUCAAUUUGAACGUUUGGUUAUUUUAGAUUAUAUUAUCAGAAAUACAGAUAGAGGUAAUGAUAAUUGGCUUAUUAAGUAUGACAAUGGGGCAGAAAAAAAUGGAUUAGAACGUGGGGAAGUUAAAAUAGCAGCUAUAGAUAAUGGUCUGGCAUUUCCAUUUAAACAUCCUGAUUCUUGGCGUGCUUAUCCUUAUCAUUGGGCAUGGUUGAGUCAAGCAAAACAACCAUUCAGCGAAGAUACACGCGCAUUGGUAUUGCCACAGCUUUCUGAUCAAAAUUUUGUACAAGAUCUUUGCGAUGAUUUGUAUCAAUUAUUCAAAGUACAGCAAGAUAAAGGAUUCGACAGACAUCACUUUGACAGGCAAAUGAGCGUAAUGCGAGGACAAAUAUUAAAUUUACAACAGGCAUUGAAAGAUGCAAAAAGUCCAGUGCAGUUAGUUCAAAUGCCUGCUGUUAUAGUUGAAAAAGCCAAGGGAAAUGGCACACGAAGUUUGUUCUUAUUUUCUGAUACAUUCACGCAGCGCUUCCAAAAUAAGAGUCCCUUUUUCUCUUGGUGUUAAGCAUUUAUAUAAAAAGUGCUUAAUUCAGUGUUAAUAGCAGUACCAACUAAAAGAAAAAAAAAAAAAAGAAAGGAACUCCUAUGGUGCACUGUUG